CGCUCUCGGCUCGGGUUAGAAAAGAAAAACCCUUUCCCCCGCCUCUUCUUCUUCUUCUCUUCUACCUCCGCACUCCCAACAAUACCUCCUAAACCCUAACCCUAACCCUAAGCCCUGGUGUCCGGGGAGGGAGGGAAAUUGUAGCGAGCGCGGCGACCAUGUCGAUGUCGAAGGGGUCGAAGAUGCUGCAGUUCAUCAACUACCGCAUGCGCGUGACGAUCCAGGACGGGCGGCAGCUGGUGGGCAAGUUCAUGGCCUUCGACCGGCACAUGAACCUGGUGCUCGGCGACUGCGAGGAGUUCCGGAGGCUGCCCCCCGUGAAGGGCGCGAAGAAGGCCGGCGAGGAGCGCGAGGAGCGCCGCACCCUUGGCCUCGUCCUCCUCCGCGGCGAGGAGGUCGUCUCCAUGACGGUCGAGGGCCCCCCUCCCCCCGACGACUCCCGCGCCAAGGNCGGCCGCGGCGUCCCCGCCGCCCCCCUCGUCCAGGCCCAGCCCGGCCUCGCCGGCCCCGUCCGCGGCGUCGGCGGCCCCGCCCCGGGCAUGAUGCAGCCCCAGAUCUCCCGCCCCCCCGUGCCCCAGCUCUCCGCCCCGCCCGUCGCCUACCCGCAGGUCGUGCGGCCCCCGCCCCCCGGCUACCCCGGCCAGCCCCAGCCCCCCGUCGGCCGCGGCCCCCCGCCGCCCAUGUCCAUGCAGUUCGCCCCCAGGCCCGGCGGCCCGCCCCCGCAGUUCCCCGGCCCGCCGCCCCAGUUCGGCCAGCGGCCCAUGGGCCCUCCCCCGCAGAUGAUGAGGGGCCCGCCGCCGCCCGCGCCCAGGCCCGGGAUGCCGCCCCCGCCCAGGCCCGGGAUGCCGCCCCCGCCCGGCGCAGGCGUGCCCAUGUUCGCCCCGCCGAGGCCGGGGAUGCCGCCGCCGCCGCCGAAUCCCCAGCAGCCCGGCCAGAAUCAGCAGCAGUAGAUCUCCGGUAUUUCGCCCAUCCCUGUGUGUCUUCAGAGUGGCAUCUGUCUCGUAGCAGCAUUAGAGGAUUCAGCUGUGGAGGAUUUUGUUGCUCUUAUGGUACUUUCGGUUUCGGUCUAUUUCAGCUUCUUAUGUAGGUCUUUUUUCAAACUUAAGUGACCUCAAGUAUAUCAGCAUUCUGCGGUUACUAGAACUCUUGACAUGUGAGUAGUUCUUUGUAUGCAUGUUGUCUGAUUCUUUGAUCAUGGCAAUGUUAUGGAUAGCGCUGAGAUGUUUCAAAGUUCUUGAAUUUGAAUAUUUUAUGAUAUUCUGGAUCAGUAGUUGUAUUGGAGUCUAUAUUUCAUCGUCUCAUAUUAUACAAUGUGAGAUGUUGAAAAGGUCUAACCAGGAUAAUAUGGUUACCUCGUAUUGAAAUGAUGUUUUAACAAAAAGUUUCUCGC